AUGUACAGAAAAGAAAGAAUCACUGUUGAACUUUGGGAAUUUUCCAUUUUGAAAGCCGUUCAAAUAUUUUUAAAUUCCUUCUUCGACUUUGUUCAGAGAUUGAAUCAUCAACUUGAUCAUUUGGCUGGAGAUGUCCUCGUUUCUGCCGGAACAAUCGCCUAUCUUGGCCCCUUCACGGGUGAAUUCCGAGCUGAUCUCGUCAAAGAAUGGACUGAAUUCAUCGACAAGCGGGGAGUGCCCCGCACGGAUCAACCCGAUCUCGUCGCUGCUUAUGGCGACCCAGUGAAAAUCCGCAACUGGCAGAUCUACGGUUUGCCGAGGGACUCUUUGUCGACGGCAAAUGCCAUUGUUGCGCAGUAUACAAAGCGAUGGCCGCUAUUCAUCGACCCUCAGGAAAGGAGUAGUAAAUUUGCGAACUCAGAAUUUCUCGUCAAUAAUUUUCUUUAUAAAGAAAAAACCAGACAAGGCCAAGCCAACAAAUGGAUCAAGCAACUGGAGAAAAAGAACCAACUCGACGUGCUAAAACUCACCGACAAGGACUUUCUCCGCUCCCUCGAAAACGCCGUGCGUUUCGGAAAGCCCGUUCUCUUAGAGAAUGUGCAAGAAGAACUCGAUCCUGCGCUGGAGCCGAUUCUACUGAAGCAGAUUUUCAAGCAGCAGGGAUGGAACGCGAUCAAAUUGGGAGAUGCUGUGAUUCCCUACCACGACGAUUUCAAGCUUUACCUCACCUCCAAGCUCCCCAAUCCUCACUACACGCCCGAAAUUUCCACAAAGGUCACCGUCAUUAACUUUACUCUUGCUCCGUCUGGACUGGAAGAUCAGCUGCUCGGCCGCGUUGUGGCAGAAGAACGACCGGAUUUGGAAGAAGCCAAGAACCAGCUCAUCGUGCAAAAUGCGAAUAUGAAGCAAGAACUUAAGUCGAUCGAGGACGAAAUUCUCCAACGUCUUUCCGACUCGCAAGGAAACCCAGUCGACGAUGUGGAUCUCAUCCAAGCGCUAGAAGCCUCGAACGCCAAAUCUAAAGAAAUCAAGGCCAAGGUCGCUGCGGCAGAAAUCACGGAGAAGGAAAUCGACGAAACUCGAAUGAAAUACAUCCCCGUCGCUGUCCGAUCGCAGAUCUUAUUCUUCUGCGUCUCCGAUUUGUCCAACGUCGAUCCGAUGUACCAAUACUCGCUUGAUUGGUACGUUAACAUCUUCGUCAACGCGAUCGCCAACGCCGAGCGAUCAGACGACAUCGACGAGCGAAUUGCAAAUAUCAACUCGUUCAUGACAUUCUCGCUCUAUUGCAACGUCUGUCGAUCCCUCUUCGAAAGACACAAGCUCAUGUUUGCCUUCCUCGUCUGCAUUCGCAUUCAACUCAACGAUGCAGUCAUCAAUCCUAUGGAAUUCCGAUAUCUUCUUGCAGGCUCAGCUGCGUUGCCCGAAUCGGAGUUGAAAAAGCCCGAAUGGGUUCCAGACAAAUCAUGGAUGGAGCUUCUUCAAAUGGAAUACUCGAUUGAUCGAUUCAAAGGAUUCCCGCAAGAGUUUAUUGAGAAAGAAGACGUCUGGCGUCAAAUUUAUGAAAACCCGAACCCGCACAAAAUGGACAUGCCCGUCAAAGAAGAACUCAACGAUGGCCUCGCGAAAAUGAUCGUGUUGAGAAUGCUUCGGUCGGACAAAAUUACGAACGCAGUUCAAGACUACGUCGCAGCUAAUCUUGGCCAACGAUUCAUCGAGCCGCAGAGCACUGAUUUGGCUGAGGUAUUCGCAGAAUCCUCCCCAACAUCGGCUCUUAUUUUCGUCCUCUCGUCCGGUACAGAUCCUGCUGCUGAUUUGCACAAAUUCGCAGAGGCAAAGAAAUUCACCAAGAAAAUGAAUUCGAUCUCGCUCGGCCAAGGUCAGGGCCCGAUCGCCGAAGCUUUGAUGAAAUCAGCGAUGGAACGAGGACAGUGGGUAUUCUUCCAGAACUGUCACUUGGCGCCAUCUUGGAUGCCUAGCUUGGAACGACUGAUUGAAAACAUCUCCCCUGAAUUUGUUCAUCGCGAUUUCCGAAUUUGGCUGACUUCGAUGCCUUCGAACAAGUUCCCGGUCUCUGUCCUGCAGAAUGGCUCUAAAAUGACGAUGGAGCCUCCUCGUGGAAUCAAAGCCAAUCUGCUCAAGGCGUACACGACCAUGGUUGUCGAUGAUGACUUCCUCGAAGCGUGCAAGACGCCAAAUAUCUUCAAGACUCUCCUCUUCUCUCUUUGCAUGGUGCACGGUGUUCUCCUUGAGCGCAGAAAGUAUGGCUCCCUCGGUUUCAACAUUCCGUACGAAUUUACGGAUGGAGAUCUUCGAAUCUGUCAGUCGCAGUUGCGAAUGUUCUUGGAUGAAUACGAGCCAGAAGUGCCUUACAAGGUUUUGACUUACACAGCCGGUCACAUCAACUACGGAGGUCGUGUUACUGACGAUUGGGAUCGACGAUGCAUGAUGUCCAUCCUUGGUGAAUUCUACAAGCCCGCCGUUCUCGAGACAGGCUACAUUUUCGAUCCGUCCGAAAUCUUCGUUCAAAUCGAUCCAGCCGAGUCCGAGUUCGCCGACUACAUGAAUUACUACAGAACUUUGCCGAUCAACGACAAGCCAGAUGUUUUCGGCCUUCACGAUAACGCUGAUAUCGCUUACGCCAACAAUCAGACUAUGUUCCUCCUCAACACUCUUCUCGCCCUCCAGCCGCGAUCCGCUUCUGGUGGUAUUUCACGAGAAGACGUGGUUUCCAAGCUUGCAACGGAGAUUCAAGGCCAGUUACCACCUGUAUUCGACUUGGAAGGAAUCAUGAAUAAGUACCCAGUCAUGUAUGAAGAAUCCAUGAAUACUGUUCUGCAACAAGAAGCAGAAAGAUUCAAUAAAUUGCUGAAUGUCAUGAAGAGCUCGCUCAGCCAGAUGCAAAUGGCUAUCAAAGGUCUCGUUGUUAUGUCUGAUGCACUUGAAAAGAUGUUCAACUCUCUCUUCGACAAUCAAGUCCCAGCGAACUGGUCAAAAUGCGCGUAUCCAUCCCUCAAGCCCCUCGGUGCAUGGGUAAAAGAUCUUGUUGAGCGAUGCCAGUUUAUCCAAAAUUGGGUCGACAACGGUACCCCAGCUGUCUUCUGGAUCUCCGGAUUCUUCUUCCCACAAGCUUUCAUCACUGGUACUCUUCAGAACUUUGCACGAAAAGUGCAAGUAUCUAUUCAUACGAUUGGAUUCGACUUUGCUGUCCUUCCCGGUCCGCUUGAUGAAUGGGAGCGUGUUCAGAAGGCGCCAGAUGAUGGAUGUUACAUCAGAGGCUUGUUCUUGGAAGCGGCUAUUUGGGAUGUAGACAAACAGAUUCUUGCUGAAUCGCGUCCAAAGGAGCUCUACACCGAUAUGGCUGCGAUGCAUUUGAUCCCAGUUCCAAAUCGCAAAAAGAAAGAAUCUGGAAUCUACACCUGUCCGAUCUACAAGACCAUCACUCGAGCUGGUACUCUUUCGACGACUGGUCACUCCACCAACUUCGUCAUGCCAGUCGAGCUGCCGACCGACAAGGACGAAAAUCAUUGGAUUCGACGCGCUACUGCGCUCAUGUGUUCUCUUGAUUACUAA